ACUCGUAAACGAGAAACAUCGGCCCAUCAUCUUGCAUACAAUGCGCACAACGAUCUAGUACGGCAUAACCGGCAGGAUGUGUGUCAGUCGCAGCUGCCUUCGGCCGCGGGCCUUAGCCUUAUCAGAUGGCCUGAUCACAGCCUGCAUCAUACAUCCGCCCUCCAAACAUUUUUGUCUCUAGUGGACUGGCGUAACGUGCUUCAUCGCGAGACCUCCAGCGAUACCGGCCCUUGCGCCCGCGUAACGACAUCCUCAGUGCUUAUAAAAGACUCGUUGACGCUCCAGGAGAAGCAGAGAUAAUUCCCAUCGAAUUCGGUUGAAUAAAGCACGCAAUUCAGAACACUUCAAAAAUGGCACUCGAUAUCAGGGAACAGGGCCUCAAGAAGCCCGUUGCAGUCUCAGAGUAUCUCUUUCGGAGAUUGCACGAAAUCGGCAUCCGCUCCGUCCAUGGCGUUCCCGGCGACUUCAACCUGGUGGCCCUUGACUACAUCCCCAAAGCCGGCCUCAAAUGGGUUGGCAGCGUUAACGAACUCAAUGCAGCUUAUGCCGCCGACGGCUACGCCCGCACAAAAGGCAUCUCAGCUCUUGUGACCACUUUUGGCGUGGGAGAACUGUCCGCCAUCAACGGCUUGGCAGGCGCCUAUUCUGAGCACAUCCCCGUCGUCCACAUCGUCGGUUGCCCGUCCACCAUCUCGCAGCGCAAUGGCAUGUUGCUGCAUCACACACUCGGCAAUGGCGACUUCAAUGUCUUUGCCAACAUGAGCUCGCAGAUUUCGUGCGACAUCGCCCGCCUCAACAAGCCGGCUGAGAUCGCCGAGCAGAUUGACCAUGCGCUGCGCGAGUGCUGGAUCCGCAGCAGACCGGUGUACAUCAUGCUCCCAACCGACAUGGCCGAGAAAAAGAUCGAGGGCGCUCGCCUCGAUACGGCCAUCGACCUCACCGAACCCCAGAACGAUCAAGAUCGGGAGGACUACGUCGUGGACGUCGUCCUGAGGUACCUCCAUGCCGCGAAGUGUCCCAUCAUCCUGGUGGAUGCCUGCGCCAUUCGCCACAGGGUGCUUCAGGAAGUGCAUGACUUGGUUGAGAAGACCCAGCUCCCUGUGUUCGUGACACCCAUGGGCAAGGGGGCCAUCAACGAGAGCCACCCCUCGUACGGCGGAGUGUAUGCUGGGACGGGAUCGCACCCGGACGUCUGCGAGCGGGUUGAGUCGGCAGACUUGGUCCUCUCGAUUGGUGCGCUCAAGAGCGACUUCAACACGACCGGCUUCUCCUAUCGGACCUCGCAGCUUAACACGAUCGACUUCCACUCCACCCACUGCACGGUUAGGUACUCUGAGUACCCCGGCGUCACCAUGCGCGGGGUUCUCCGCAAGGUAGUUGAGCGGGUCGACCUGAGCAAGCUCGCUCGGCCGCCGUCCCCGGAGGUUGUCAAUGAGGUGGCCAAGAACAGAGACAGCUCCGAGACCAUCACGCAAGCGUGGUUCUGGCCUCGCAUUGGGGAGUAUCUGAAGGAGAACGACAUCGUGGUCACAGAGACGGGCACGGCCAACUUUGGCAUUUGGGAGACCAAGUUCCCCCGGGGAGUGACGGGCAUCAACCAAAUCCUCUGGGGCAGUAUCGGCUGGUCAGUCGGCGCCGCCCAGGGCGCUGCGUUAGCGGCGAAGGAUGCGGGUGUUGACCGCCGAACUGUCUUGUUCGUCGGCGAUGGGUCGUUCCAACUUACGGCGCAAGAGGUGUCGACCAUGAUUCGGCAUAACCUGAAGAUUACCAUCUUCCUCAUCUACAACGAUGGCUUCACUAUCGAGCGCUUCAUCCAUGGUAUGGAAGCCGAGUACAACGACGUCGCGCGCUGGAACUACACCGAGGUGCCGACCGUGUUUGGCGGGUCAGAGAAGCAGGUCCGCAAGCUUGUCAUCAAGACAAAGGAGGAACUCGAGAAGCUGCUGGUCGACAAGGAGUUUAACGAGGCUGGUGGGCUGCAGUUCGUCGAGCUGUGGAUGCCGAAGGAUGAUGCGCCAAGGGCUCUGAAGAUUACCACCGAAGUGGCUGCCAGGAACAACGCGAGGGUUGAGUGAUCAUGGGAGCUUACAGUGUACUUCGGCAAAGGCAUGGAUAGAAUGGGAUGGAA